AUGAUUUGCGGAACUCGCGUAAAACCUUUACCGGUUGUCGAGAAAAAGUGGAAACCCUCAAAAGGAUGCAACAGAACGAAAUUGCUCACCCUCCGACAUCCGACGUACAUAUCAAAGUUAAAAAAGUCUAUACCGCGACCGGAUAUUAGACCAAUAAAAAGUGCAUUGCCGUUAUGGGAAGAAAUAAAUCUGAAUGAAAAAAUAAGCCCGUUCCACGGGAGCACUCCGACGGGUCCGUUAGUCUUUCAUAAAGGACUUAUGGGAUCUAAUCCAUUGCAAACUAAGUCUAAGUUAGAUUUUUAUUUAAACGACCCACAUAAUCAUGAAGUAGCAUACAGAUACCACCCGUUACACGAUCCGCAUCUAAAACACUGGGUGAACUCGAAACACAACAGAAAAUUUCUGUACAAACAAGGACUCCUUACCGACGAUAUGGAAGUAAUAUGCACUUUAAAAGAAUAUAAUGAAUACAGGCGGUAUUUAUGGCGUAAACAUAAUAAUGAACUGGUAAAACUUCUACAUUUUAAAGACCAACAAAAAAUAGAACAACGAAAAAUAAAUAACGCAAAUAACAAUCAUAAAAAAGAAAUAGCGAAAAAAUUGAAACAAUUAAAUUCUUGUAUGUCAAAAGGGAAACCUCGAAAUGUAAGUUCACUAGCACUAUUUCAUUAAUCUAUAUCGAUUAACAACAAACAUGUAUUUUUAAUAUUAUUGUAGGCACCUAGUAUCAUUUGUAGGUACCUAUUGCAUAAAAAUGAAAUAUUUUUAAAUAUAUAUUAAUUUUUUUUUUUGCUUAUUCUAGGCUAUUUAGGCCUAUUUCCGCUUCCGAAAUCUCACCUAAGUUUCUCUAUGUGCUGCUAGCUCCUCUCCGUUCUACACUCGAUCAUCCUAUAGUUGUCUAGGUCUUCUUCUCGGUUAACUUUUAUUAGGUGUCAGUUUUGUGACUAUAAAUUUGCCUCUACUCUCCAUCCGUGUCUGACCCACCUUAAUAUUUGGCUUUUGUAAUGGUUACUAUAGUGGAAUGAUUAAAUAGAAUUAUAAUUUCUCUAUUUAAUCUUAGUUUGUAACAGCCUUCAUUAUUUUUCUUCGGUCCAAAUAUUCUUCGCAAGAUUUCCCUUUAAAAUAUCAUUAAUUUGUUUUCAUCAGACUUAGUAGAGGUCCAGGCUCCACAGGCAUAACAUAUAAUCGGUCUAACAAGGGAUUUUAUAAUUUUAGUUUUGUUUUUUUCAAUAGAUUUUGGAUUUAAAUAAUUGAACUAAUUAUAAUAACAUUUGUUUCUAUCUAUGAUUCUUCUAUGUAUUUCUUCGUGGUUAUUCGCUUGUGAGUUUAUAUCUACCCCUAAGUAGGUAUUUAAAGUUACAGAUUCUUUCAAAUGAUGGGUCUUUUAUUGUUAUUGCGUUCUAAGGAUACUAUCUUCUGGAUAAAAUCAUAAAUUUGGUUUUGUUUUCGUUGAUGAUAAAACCCAUCUUUUUUGCUGUACCAAUUACAUUUUCAGUUGUUCUUUUGAGACUAUCCCCCGUAUCUGCUAUCAUAAAUACACUAUUUUCGAUAGUUUCUAUUCUAAAUUUCUUCCACAUUUCAAAUAUAUUUUAACCUAACCUUUUUGUAUUUAUUUUAUGUAAAGUACCUAAGUACCUAUAACUUAUAUUUUACAAUAUCAUACUUAUAUAUAAAAAAAAAAUCAAUUUUUUUAGUUAUGAUUUCUACUUUCAGAUACUAUAUAAUUAAUUUUAUUAUAACUGGAAUAUCUUUCCAUAUAAAUAAAUAAAAAUAAAUAAUAACUAAACUAAUUAAGGCAAAAAUAUAUGUAUUUUUUUUCAGGUAUUGAAUAACGAAAAAUAUCUCAAUACAAAAUGUGAACAUCCGAAUAAAAGACAAUUAAAGCCAAACUUAAAACUUAAGAAAAUCGAAACUUACACUGUAUAUGGCUUGGGCAAGGGUGGUGUAGUGGAUACCAAUAAAUAUCGAGGUACCUUUAUAAAAGGAUCUCCGGAUGAUUUUCACCUAUUAGGGUACUUUAAUGAAUUAUUCAAUGAACUGAAGAUAGGAACCCGCGUCACUUACUCUUCCACAAGCUUCUGA